UCUUCGUCCAAACGAUAAUAAUCAAAUAUUAAAAAAAAACAAACUCCAUGUUCUGUCUCCAAUGGCAGGAGCUACUGCAACAACAACAGCAUUAAUCAAUCUCACGCGCCCUUCACACUCCUCCAAGCAUCGCCACUUCUCUUCAAACAAUGCUCCCUUUUCUAUCCAACCCUUUCAUUCCGGAUUCUACCACAACCGUCGUUUAAAGCCAAUAAUCACCAAUUGCCAUGGCAAGCUGAAUAGCUCGGGUGGGGGAUACGCGAUGGAUGAAGCGGGUUUUGAUGAGUACGAUGGAGUUGAAGACGAAAGUGAUGACGAGGACGAUGCAGAGAGUAGCGUGGAUUUGUUGAUCAGAUUCUUGCAGAGCAUGUUUAAAAAAGUGUCUAAGAGGGCAAAGAAAGCGUCUCGCUCUGUUUUGCCCACUGUAAUAUCGCCCCAGCUCGUUUCUUUUGCCGUUGAUGGGACUCUGCUACUUGCUUCACUUUCUGUUGUCAAAGCACUUCUUGAGAUCAUCUGCACUCUUGGAGGUACUGUAUUUGCUGCAAUUCUGGUCCUGCGUGUGAUUUGGGCAGCAGUUUCUUACUUCCAGUCAAGUGGGAAUAGCUUCAAUCAAGGGGGGAAUUCCUUUGGUGCUGUAGCCUAAACCUCUCUUCAACUUCUAACAAAAGACGGUUUAUGUGAGUUUCGUUUGUAGUCCCAACAAUGACAAUGAGAUUUGAACUUACGAUCAAUUAUUUAAAUUUCGUAUCACUAACCCAAUGGCUUAUCCAAGAUUGGUUUGAUUGUGUUAAGAGUAAGUAGCUUUGAUAGAAAUAAGCUCUAUAAAUAGAGCACUUACACACUAUCACUGUAUCUUUAUUAUAUCAAUCAAUUACACAAUGAGUUACUUCUGAGACUCCUU